AUCCUAGAAAACCAUCCUUUCAUUCUCCACACUCCAAUCUCCUCCUUCUUCCUCUCUUUUUUUCUUGAAAAAACCACCACUAAAAAAAAGAGAGGAAAAAAAAAAAAAACCAUGUCUCUCACUAUUCCUGCAAAUCUUUCAAAACCCAUUUCAACAUCAAAGCUUAGCUCUCAAUUAACCACAAAACCAAGAACUUCAACCAUAGUCUGCUCUUCAAACCAAACCCCUGCUUCUACCAAAACAGAGGAAAGUUCUUCUUCUUUAAAGGCAUUCUCUGCAGCACUUGCUUUGUCUUCUAUUCUGCUGUCAGCACCAGUGCUUCCAGCUUCUGCUGACAUCUCUGGCCUCACUCCUUGCAAGGAAUCGAAACAGUUUGCUAAGAGGGAGAAACAACAGAUCAAGAAGCUUGAGAGUUCUUUGAAGCUUUAUGCACCUGAUAGCGCCCCUGCACUUGCUAUUAAUGCCACCAUUGAGAAAACCAAGCGCAGGUUUGAUAACUAUGGGAAACAAGGAUUGUUGUGUGGAUCAGAUGGACUGCCACACUUGAUAGUGAGUGGAGACCAAAGGCACUGGGGUGAGUUCAUCACACCAGGGAUCCUCUUCUUAUACAUUGCUGGUUGGAUUGGGUGGGUAGGAAGGAGCUACUUGAUUGCAGUAAGAGAUGAAAAGAAACCAACAAUGAAGGAGAUCAUCAUUGAUGUUCCAUUGGCUAAUAGGCUCGUCUGGAGAGGCUUCAUCUGGCCUGUUGCUGCAUACAGAGAGUACUUGAAUGGAGAUCUCAUUGACCCUAAUGUCUAAUUUGAUAUUCUCGUGUAAUUGCGCUUUCACUUGUUUAUAUUAUGAAACAAUGAGAAUUUUCUAUAUACUAUGUUUAGAUU